CCGCUGAGAAGCGUUGUAGCCGCACGUACUUUUCAUUCAAGUAGUAUUUGAAUAAGGAAGAUGGCGGCCGCAGCAGUGGUUGAAUUCCAGAGAGCUCAGUCUCUCAUUAGCACGGAUCGGAACGCGUCUAUCGACAUACUUCAUUCAAUCGUGAGACGAGAUGUUCAGGAGAACGAUGAGGAGGCUGUCAAGGUUAAAGAACAAAGCAUCCUGGAGCUGGGGACACUCCUGGCAAAGACGGGGCAGGCCGCGGAACUUGGGGGCCUGUUGAAAUUUGUGAGACCGUUCCUGAUAUCCAUCAGCAAAGCCAAGGCGGCUCGACUCGUCCGCUCUCUGCUGGACCUUUUCCUGGACAUGGAGGCCGCGACUGGGCAGGAGGUAGAGCUGUGUCUGGAAUGCAUCGAGUGGGCAAAGACUGAGAAGAGGACCUUCUUACGACAGGCUCUGGAGGCUCGGCUGAUCUCACUCUAUUUUGAUACCAAACGAUACCAGGAGGCCUUGGCUCUCGGCUCCCAACUGCUGCAAGAGCUGAAGAAGAUGGACGACAAGGCGCUCCUUGUGGAGGUUCAGCUGCUCGAAAGCAAGACGUACCACGCUCUCAGCAACCUGCCCAAGGCCCGUGCUGCCCUCACCUCAGCCAGGACCACGGCCAACGCCAUUUACUGUCCCCCAAAGCUCCAGGCAACGCUGGACAUGCAGUCAGGGAUCAUCCAUGCAGCGGAGGAGAAGGACUGGAAGACGGCCUACUCCUACUUCUUCGAGGCCUUCGAAGGUUACGACUCCAUCGACAGUCCCAGAGCCAUUACAGCACUGAAAUACAUGCUCCUGUGCAAAAUUGUGCUCAACUUACCAGAGGAGGUACAAGCUCUGGUCAGCGGCAAACUGGGCCUCCGAUACGCCGGGCGUCAGACAGAUGCACUGAAAUGUAUUGCACUGGCCAGCAAGAACAGAUCAUUAGCAGAUUUCGAAAAGGCGCUGACAGAGUACAAAGCAGAACUAAGGGACGAUCCGAUCAUUAACACUCAUCUGGCCAAACUCUACGACAGUCUGCUGGAACAAAACCUCAUUCGAGUCAUUGAGCCUUUUUCUAGAGUACAGAUAGCACACAUAUCAGAUCUAAUCAAAUUAUCAAAAGGUGAUGUUGAGAGGAAGUUAUCACAGAUGAUUCUGGACAAAAAGUUUCACGGAAUCCUUGACCAAGGUGAAGGCGUCUUAAUCAUAUUUGAGGAGCCUCCGGUGGACAAAACAUACGAAGCAGCCUUGGAAACAAUUCAGAACAUGAGCAAAGUUGUGGACUCGCUUUACAACAAAGCUAAGAAGCUGACAUAGAGCAGACUCCCCGCUGACCGUGAGAUGGAGGAACUGUGUGUGUGUUUUUGACCAGCAUGUGUAAGAUUUAGUUGUUUUUUUUUUAAAGGGGACAACCGAGUGAGAGAAACAAACAGGAUUCCCACAUCAAACGGACAGUUUCAUCACUUUUUGUUUUUUUUUUUCCUCUCUGAUUUUGACAUCUCUUCUGGAUUCUGUAUAACAGUCAACGGCCGGCUCAGGCCAUCAGGGAAUAUUUUACAACUGCAUUAAAAAAGAGAGAAUAGUAGGUUUAGGAACACAUAUGUUUAUAUCUGCUGUAAGGCUGGUCCUGCCAAGCCUUCAGCUGACUCCACUGCAACCUCGCAGGUGCAACAUUGACCUCUGUGGCCUUUUGCUCUGCAACCUGCUGAGCAAGGCCUCUGUUUUAAUGAUUUUUUCUUCAUAUCCUUCAAAAGCAAACUGGGACAUUGGUCAUUCGUUCAGGACACUGAUGCCAACAGUGGACUCCCCUCUGUAUUUCAGCUUUGUAUGAUUUGGUUCUAGUUUUAGUGUUUUUGCUGAAGGAAUAUCACAUUGUUGCCACAUAUUUUCACCCCAUCCAGCUCUUAUAAGUUUUCAGAACAUACAGUAUGUCAUUUCACCAAUGGUGCCAUCUUUUUUUGGCGCUUCGGUUUGCCUCACGUUUGGGUGCAAAAUGAAAUCGCAGGGUAGAAGUGGAGGUGUUUCCAUCGACUCCGAAAGUUCAAGUUUUCCCAAGUGAACACUUCUCCAUCGUUAGUUCUUAGCACUAGCACAGUCUGCUAGUAACCAAACAAUUUGUAUGAGUUUGAAUUGGUUCUUUUUUCCUUUUUUGUUGUUCUCUCUCUUAUAAAGACAUUUUCAAAAAUAAAUAUUUUGUAUUUUA